CGAGCGGCAUUAUAACCACAACGCUAGCCCUGGUCGCAGGAGGGGCAAUUGAAGACCGCCGUGCUCUCGCAGCCGACAUACUCACGCGUCCUCGAUCGAGCAACCACGAACCUUCGAAUCGUCCCCACGCCCUCGCUGCCUCGUGCCCAUGUACCUCCGAAAAGCCCACGCACUUCGAGAAGUCUUCGCGCUUUGCGCAGUCCUCGCGCCCCCGAGCCGCACACUCAUCCUCGCAGCCCAUGCACUUCGAGCAACAUUGGCGCUUCGAGCAGCCCUCGCGCAUCCGGGCGCAUCUGGCGCCUCCAAACCGCCCCGCACGCCACCGCGCCUCCAAGCAGCUCGCGCGUCUCCGAGCAACUCAUACCUCUCUAACAACCCACGCGCCUUCGAACAACCCAUACGCAUCUAUAACCCUCGCGCACCUAUGCUGUCAUCGUGCCCUUGUGCUACCCUCGUCCUGAACAGCCCACGCACAUACAGACGAGCCUUGAGCGUCCAUGUGAAGGCCAACGCCGACAUUAGCAUAUACAACUGCAAGUAUCCCCCAAGCAAGACCUCUCCCUCCAGCAUGUCCCCUCGAGCAAGCCACAUUUCAUUGAUACAGACUGCCACUCAUCCCUCCUUCGCACACUUGGAAGCCACGACCGAAGAGCUCACCACUAAAAAUCAAAUACACAUACCCAUGGCUGGAAAUCGGUCAAUCCAAGAACAGGCGCGGCAAUGGGCAGCUGUCCGGCUCUUGCAGUCUAGCACGCUAGAUUCAGCGUUUGUUGUAGUUUGGUGCUCCAUUACUGACCGCGCAACAUCUCAACGACGAGCCACUCGACCACGCACGGUGCACAUCACAAGAGCUUGCCAUGGUGGAGACGACUUGUGUCUCAAACUUUGAUUCUGAGAGUCUUGUAUCAAAGAUUAUAUGGUGUCUCAAAUCACUCUCGGCUCGUUCGGCAGCUUUUAACCAGCGCACUCCUACGUCCUUCAUCCCAAGCCCUCUCUCCCCCCUUUCCCGCUGUCUCGUCCCGUGUUCAUACAACGUCCCAAAUCGAAGUUCUCAUACCGCGGCCUCUCUAUUUCGCUUUAUGUUCAUUGUGUCUCAUUAGCCACCUGUCUCAGCUUGCACAGAAACCAGGUCGCCAAUCUCCCCG